UCGGACGUUAAUGAUAGCGUGUAUAUCUCCGUCUGAUCGUGACUUUAUAGAGACACUUAAUUCACUUAAAUAUGCCAAUAGGGCACGCAAUAUAAAGAACAAAGUGAUAGCUAACCAAGACAAGGCCAGUAAACAGUUGGCCGCACUUCGCUCAGAGAUAACACUACUACAGCAGGAACUGAUCGACUACAAAACGGGUAAACGAGCAGUGGACGCCGAUGGUGUGGAAAGUGUAAAUGACAUGUUUCACGAAAAUUCAAUGUUGCAACACGAAAACGAGAAGUUAAUGCUACGAAUUAAAGCUCUGAAUGAAGCUAACGAAACACUAAAGGAGAGGAACACCCAACUACUAAGGGAGAGGGAGACUCUCGGCAUCCUCAACAUAGCAG